AUGAUUCAUGAUCGAGGUGAUGAGGAUUAUGAUCUAGGUGAUGAGGAUUAUGAUCGAGGUGAUGAGGAUUAUGAUCGAGGUGAUGAGGAUUAUGAUCUAGGUGAUGAUGAUUAUGACCGAGGUGAUGAUGAUGAUAAUCGAGGUAAUGAGGAUUAUGUUGGAGUUGAUGACGAUUAUGAUCGAGGUGAUGAUGAUUAUGAUCGAGAUAAUGAGGAUUAUGUUCGAGUUGAUGAGGAUUAUGAUCGACGUAAUAAUGAUUAUGAUCGAGGUGAUGAUGAUUAUGAUCGAGGUGAUGAUGAUUAUGAUCAAGGUGAUGAUGGUUAUGAUCAAGGUGAUGAUGAUUAUGAUCAAGGUGAUGAGGAUUAUGAUCAGGGUAAUGAUGAUUAUGAUAGAGGUGAUGAGGAUUAUGAUCGAGGUGAUGAUGUUUUAUGA